AUGGCAUCAAACAACAGCGCACAGGGUAAUAACCCUUUUACUUGUCCUCCACCUUCGAAUACUUCUACUUCGCCAGAAACAGCAGAGUACAUAGAAGAUGGAAUUCACAACCACCCUCUAUACCCACCUCAACAACCCGCAUACACAGAGCACUCACAUAAUGAUAUUAACGAUGCUAACCCUAUUCUCCUCGAACAAGCCUCCAUUCAACCUGGACCGAGAUUCAAUCUGAACCCAGCGAUUCUGCUCAAUCCCAAAGGCUACGGAGCCUCGACGCCCACCCCCAGACAAGAUGCUGCUAGCAGACCUUUCAAUAACGCGAGCAACUCAGCCGACAUCGAGUUUCAGUUCACUACUCCUCAGGACAAUUUUACCACCACUCCUCAACCUGCCUAUACCAAUGGCCAGUUUAUGCCACAGCCUAACAACUUCGCCGAGAUGAUCGAUCGCACAAAUAACGUCGAGCAGCGUAUGUUUGUGCCCCAAUCGAAACGCCGAAAAGUCGAGGCUGAAGAUAGUAUCGACCCGAUGCGCGCACUCAUGGGUGGAAGCCACGGAGGUAGUGGGGAACUCGGGCAAUAUGUUCAAGAGAAACGACGAGACGGUUCUAAUCAGCCAAAUGGACCCAAGCAAGUCGAGGCUAUAGAUCUCACCGACGCUGCGGAUGAAAGUGACCUCGUGUCGAUGCAGGAUUUCAGAGAUGAGGAGGUCUGUUAUGGUAUGAUCCAGAACGCGAAACUAAAUUGUCACAUUGUUCCGAGCCCUAAGCCUGGUGCUAUCUCGCUUAUGCCGACUUAUUGGCCUCAAGUCAAAAUCGUACUUAGAAGGAAGAUUGGCGAGUCUUCUAAUAUCAUUCACGCAUGUGACCAUACCCGUCGAAUAGUUGGAGCCGUCGACCCAGAGACAUCAUCCGGUCUCGCAACACUACUAGAUUCCCGUCUACAACUAAGGACCGACUGCAGAAUACCUUCACGGCCGAAGGUACCAGGAGAAGAAUCGGGAAGGCCAACGUCUACACGUUAUACGCUGGACCUCAUGCUUUACGGCCCACGUAAGAGUAGCAAGCCCGUUGCGAAACAUCUCUCCCAGAGAAACAUCUGGCUUCGCAACCCUCCAAGAGUCGAUAAUGGUAUAAAAUACGAGAAUCCACAGCUUGUAGAGGGUCCCAGGCCACCGCCUGCCGUUAAGGAACAACCUAGGAUGGUUCCUACAACCGUGCCUUCUCAGACGAUGCGUAGUGUCGAAGAAAUUCGAUCAGAGGUCAUGGGAGUUUUCGACUCGCUCACAAAGAAUGAGGAACUUCCCGAGAUGGAGCCUUGUUCUCUAGUACAGACAGAACUACUGAAACAUCAGAAACAGGGACUCUACUUCAUGACAAACAAAGAACAACCACGUCAGUUUGACAACGAGGGUAAAAUUGCUGAUUCUUUCUGGCAACUCCGUCUGGUUAAUGGCCAGAAUGCAUACUACAACGUAAUCACAGGACACACAGCGCGUGGUCCCCCUCCCGAGACAUAUGGUGGUAUUCUUGCGGAUAUGAUGGGUCUAGGGAAGACUUUGAGCAUCUUGUCUCUUGUCGCCGGUUCGCUCGACGAAGCUGAAAAGUGGUCAAAACUCUUGCCCGUGCAACCACAGGCACCUCCGCCGUCAAAGAAGAAAGCCAGUUCUUCAGGACAAUUUGACGUACCCGCGCCGCAGCCGCUUGCUUUGACCCCUUUGAAGCAGAACGGCAAAGCGACACUAUUGAUAUGCCCUCUCAGCACAAUUACAAACUGGGAAGAACAAAUCAAGGCCCACAUCAAACCCGGCGGCUUGAAAUACUACAUUUAUCAUGGAUCUAACCGCAUCAAGGAUCCCAAGAAACUCGCUAUGUUCGAUAUCGUUUUGACCACCUAUGGAUCCGUUGCUAGCGAGGUAGCAUCCCGCAACAAGGGUAAAAUCGGACCAUAUCCCCUUGAAGAGGUAGGGUGGUUUCGCGUAGUACUUGACGAGGCUCAUAUGAUACGAGAGCAAUCUACUCUACAGUUCAAGGCUAUCUGUCGCCUUCAAGCAUGCCGCCGUUGGGCUGUGACCGGUACUCCCGUUCAGAAUAAACUAGACGAUCUUGCAGCACUGCUAGCCUUCCUUCGUCUCAAGCCUUUUGACGAAAAGAGCAAGUUCACGCAGUACAUUACAGCUCCAUUCAAGGUUUGUGAUCCCGAAAUCGUGCCUAAGCUCCGAAUUCUGGUGGACAGUAUUACUCUCAGGCGCCUGAAGGAUAAAAUCGAUCUGCCACCAAGGACGGAUGAAAUUGUACGGCUUGAAUUUUCUCCUGCUGAGCGUAAACUCUACGACUUGUUUGAGAAGAACGCGCAAGAUAAGGUUAAGGUCCUGUCGGCAGGCAGGGAGAAGAUGAUCGGUGGCAAAACGUACAUCCACAUUCUUCAGUCUAUUCUCAGGCUUCGUCUCAUCUCCGCGCACGGUAAGGAUCUCCUUAGUGAUGAUGAUCUAGAGGUCGUACAAGGUAUGACCCAAGAAUCUGCUAUCGACCUUGAUAGUGACGAGGACGAUGAGAAAUCAAUACUGGCAGAUUCCAGGGCUUACGAGGCUUUCGAGUUGAUGCAGGAAACUAACAAUGAUUUGUGCAUUUCCUGCCAACGUAAGAUCGGUUCAAAUGACAAUACGGAUAUCAAUUCGGAACGCGAAGAAGAUACACUAGGCUAUAUGACGGCUUGCUUUCAUCUUCUUUGUACCGGCUGCAUUGAUCCUUGGAAAACCGAAGCAGGCAACCAAGGCUCAGGUACAUGUCCCUACUGCAGAGAAUAUGUCCGCUUCACCUGCAACGAGAUUCGCAAGAGCAAGGUCGAGGUUGAACACGAGGGACACAAUCAGUCACAUAAGCACGAGAAUAAAAUUCGAACAAAGGAGACUUAUACCGGAUACUCAGGCCCUCACACCAAAACCCGUGCCCUUGUUGACGACCUCUUAAAGGCAAAGGCAGACAGUGAAGCUCAGCCCGAUGAACCCCCGUUCAAAUCAGUCGUUUUUUCAGCCUGGACGUCCCAUCUUGACCUUAUCCAAAUCGCCUUGGAUAGUGCUGGCAUUCGAUACACCCGCCUUGACGGCAAGAUGAGUCGAACGGCACGAACUGCCGCUAUGGAUGCUUUUCGCGAAGACAGAUCCGUACACGUCAUAUUAGUGUCGAUUAUGGCUGGAGGUUUAGGGUUGAACCUCACAUCGGGAAAUUACGUUUAUGUAAUGGAACCUCAGUAUAACCCAGCAGCAGAAGCACAAGCUGUCGACCGUGUGCACCGACUUGGGCAGAAGAGACCCGUACGUACCGUUAGAUACAUCAUGCAAAAUAGCAUCGAAGAAAAGAUGCUCGAUCUUCAAGAGAAAAAGAAGAAGCUUGCAAGUCUCAGCAUGGACCGAAACCGAGUUAUGGACAAGGCAGAGGCAGCAAAACAAAAGCUGAUGGAUCUUCGCAGUCUCUUCAAAUAG